CCACGGUUACCAGAGGGCUGGAGAAAUGUCGCUCACCGAUUCUAGUAUCAUACAGCUCGAGGAAGGCAAGGUGGCAAUAAUCGCGAACAUGGAAAUGGAGGCGAGCUACCUCUCCGACCUGGACUCAGUACGACCUCCUUCGGCCAUGGGCAGUCUUCUGUCCCUCACUCAGUCGAUGAGUGUGUCGGAGGCUGACCGGCGAGCCAAUCAGAGCGUGAGCAUGUCGGAGGCCGACCGAAGAGGAGGCCGAGGUCCUAUGCGGGGGCUCGUCGCUCGCCGCGCCCUCGCCGACUCCAGUCUCAGCUGGAACAAUAUUGACAGCAUCAAACCGCCGUCUGGCAUGGAUGAGCUUUUGGACUUGGAGAACAGCAUUCUGAGUGUGGCAAGCAUUACCUCAGAGAUAGCCGACUCUCCUCACUCGUGCUCGGAAGACGUGACUCUGGCCGAGACACUUGGACUCGAAUCUCGAUCUUCCUCAUCGCCUCAGCCUCAGAAGAGGAUCACGCCCAAACAGAAACGACAAAAUGUCAAAGACAG